UCAUAAGGGACGGAAGAAUGAAUGGGAAUGGGAUUUUAAUAUUGUCAGUCACUCCGUUCUGGCCAUUCAAAGGACCCAAAGGCACCUAGUAGGCGGUGCAGGCUCCUCUCCGGCCUGCUUGCUGAGGAGAGCCUAUCGGUGUUGCCUGCCCGGAGCUGCAGGAGGCGGGAGGUAGAAGAGUUUGUACGGGAAACAUUGGGCGGGGAAUUAAACAGGAAUUACGUUGUUUUUAAUAUCUGUAAAUAAAGACUGUACAUCUGGUUUCUGAUGGAAGCAGAUGGUUUUGUGAGGGGACGCCGGAUGUCAGCUGAGACACCCGGUGGGGACCGCGGGGUCACAGGCGCAGGAGCCAGCGCAGGGAUCCGGUGGCUUGGCGGUGGGUUCUGGGGCGUUUCGGACAAAAUAUUUGGAAGUCUGUCACCGCGGGUCGGAGGGGACGCCGACCAGGCGCUGCAGCUGCAGGGCACUCCGGAGGCCGCAGAUAUCCCCGACCCAGAUUACGAGGGUCUGCCGAACGGAGCCUCCACAAGCACCCACAUGUUAGCGGGAGCUGUGGCAGGCAUCAUGGAACAUUGCCUGAUGUAUCCUAUUGACUGCGUCAAGACGCGAAUGCAGAGCUUGCAGCCCGAGCCAGCAGCACGCUACAGGAACGUGAUGGACGCCCUGCGGCGCAUUGUGCGGACAGAGGGAAUCUGGCGGCCCAUGCGGGGGUUAAAUGUCACAGCAACAGGGGCUGGCCCCGCCCACGCUCUCUACUUCGCCUGUUAUGAGAAGCUGAAAAAGACACUGGGAGACAUCAUUCACCCUGGGGCAAACAGCCAUGUGGCUAACGGUGCUGCUGGGUGUGUCGCCACAUUACUUCAUGAUGCAGUGAUGAACCCAGCUGAAGUGGUGAAGCAGAGGAUGCAGAUGUACAACUCUCCUUACCGCAGCGUUUUAGACUGUAUGAGGGAGGUGUGGCUGAAAGAGGGUGCGGCCGCGUUCUACCGCAGCUACACCACCCAGCUCACCAUGAACAUCCCCUUCCAGGCCCUGCACUUCAUGACCUACGAGUGCCUGCAGGAGAAGCUCAACCCUCGCAGACAGUACAACCCCACUUCACAUAUGGUGUCUGGAGCACUUGCAGGGGCUGUGGCUGCCGCCGCCACCACCCCACUGGACGUUUGCAAGACGCUCCUGAACACCCAGGAGUCUCUGGCCCUGCACUCCCUCAACGUGAGCGGACACAUCUCGGGUCUGGCCCAUGCCUUCCGGACGGUUUACAGGCUUGGGGGGGUCCUUGCUUACUUCAAGGGGGUGCAGGCCAGGAUCAUCUACCAAAUGCCUUCCACAGCCAUCGCCUGGACCGUCUAUGAGUUCUUCAAGUACUUCAUCACCGAGCACCAACAUGCGAAGCGAAAAGCACAGCGGGAGAGUGAAAAAUAAUCCCAAAAAGAAUCAUCAAAAAUAAAGUUGGAAAAAAAAGAAAUAUAAAUAGUUUUAUCGGGUCUUUAAAACAAAAGUAAUACGCACAUAGAAACAUGCAGAAAGUUUGAAACGCCCCUCAGCCAGACAAAAUUAACAUGUACUUUAAGUUAACUUAGACUCCACAAGGGGGAGCUGUGGUUCUUUUCAUUUAACACUCAAAAAUACAGCUUGUGAAAAGUUUUAAGUUUGGUUUUAAAAUUAGUAAAGAAGGAAUAGAAAGCCCCUUUGGAAAUAUGAUUUAACAUAAACCUGGGAGUAAUAUAAUAAGUGAUCUGCUAUUGGUCACUGAAAAAAUGGGGACUGAAUAUCAGUUUACAGCCCAAUAUAUAUGCCUUCCUACAUUAAUAUAAAAUUUGUAACUACUGAAGAAUCACAGUGCAUGGCAGACAACUUCCUGCCAGCACACUAACACAGAGCAGGAUUUCACAUAGAACCUCUUGCUGUGGUGUCAGAAUUCUUAGCACUAAUCUCAUAAUAUAAUACCACAAGCUUCAGAUUUCUCUGAUUUUAGUGCUUCAGAGGCUAGCGAUCAUUGCCUUACCAUGCCUUCAUUAAGCAUUAAGUUUCUGGGCUUGAUUUUUAAAUAGCCAUUUACAUGGCAUUGCCAUAGAUAAACACAAUCUUUAAUCCAACAAAUCUGCACAGAAAUGCAUUCGCACUGGAACUGGGGGAGGAAAGGGUAGAAAACUUCUACAUCCUUACCCCAUAAAAAUGUUCUGUGCUGAGGUUGAUGUGAGCUGAUGCCAUGCAAAUGGUGACUGUGAAAUCUUGUUGGUGAUGGUAUCUCCAGUGGUCAAGGAAAAAUCAGAAAUAUGCAUUGUAGCAGCAGAGUCUGGUUUCCACCAUGUUAACUAUCACUUUGGCACUGAUCAAUAGUUCCAUGCUUCUAGCUUUCAAAAGUGUAAACUAAUUAGCCCUUGGAAUGCUGGAUUUAUACAAUACCCUUUUUUGAAGGCAGAGUCCUGUUUCAUUUUAUUUAUAUAUAUAUAUAUAUAUAUAUAUAUAUAUAUAUAUAUAUAUAUAUAUAUAUA